AUGCAACUCUCGUUUUGGUGCCGCAUCCCGCUGUCCAUCCGCCGUCCGCCGCCGCCGUACCGGUCAACUGCUCGACGCUUCUUCUUUCCGAUGGGAGAGUCCGCCUCCGGCAAGAAGGGAAAGCCCGACUCGAGCUCCGCUCCUCCGGCGUACGCCAAAGACGAAGCGUAUCUUCAGACUGUUAUCCCCAAACGCAUUGAGCUUUUCGAAUCCUUGAAAAAUCAACAGAACCUCAGUCGUCUCUCGCUUUCGCCUGACCCAAUCAAGAUUACGCUGCCGGACGGGAAGGUGAAGGAAGGCAAGAAAUGGAACACAACGCCGUUCGAUGUUGCCAAGGAGAUAUCAAAGAGUUUGGCGUCAAACGCUUUGAUAUCAAAGGUGGACGGUGUUUUGUGGGACAUGAGCCGGCCUUUGGAAGGCGAUUGCAAGCUUGAGCUGUUUACCUUUGAAACUGAUGAAGGCCGUGAUACCUUUUGGCAUUCAAGUGCGCACAUACUUGGCGAGUCACUGGAGCAGGCAUAUGGGUGUCGAUUAUGCAUUGGGCCGUGCACCACGAGAGGAGAGGGAUUUUAUUAUGAUGCAUUUUAUGGUGAUCUGGGGUUGAACGAGGAUCACUUUAAACUGAUUGAAGCAGCUGCCAAGAAAGCUGUUGAUGAAAAACAACCCUUCGAGCGCAUUGAAGUGACAAGGGAACAAGCUCUUGACAUGUUUUCAGACAACCAGUUCAAGGUUGAAAUUAUAAAGGAUUUACCAGCCGAUAAAACAAUCACAGUAUAUAGAUGUGGUCCGUUGGUUGAUCUUUGUCGUGGACCUCACAUUCCCAAUACAUCUUUUGUGAAAGCAUUUAGCUGUUUGAAGGCAUCAUCUGCAUAUUGGCGUGGUAAUAAAGACCGUGAAAGUUUGCAAAGAGUCUAUGGUAUAUCAUAUCCAGAUCAAAAACGUCUGAAGGAAUACAAAGCCAUGUUGGAAGAAGCCAAAAAAUAUGACCAUAGAGAACUUACUAAAAAACAGGAGCUUUUCUUUUUUCACCCUCUAAGCCCGGGAAGUUGUUUCUUCUUACCCCAUGGUGCUCGAGUAUGCAACAAGUUGUUGGAAUUUAUUAGAAGUCAGUAUUGGAAGAGAGGUUAUGAAGAGGUGUGGACUCCGAAUAUGUACAAUAUGCAGCUGUGGGAAACAUCUGGUCAUGCAGCAAACUACAAGGAGAAUAUGUUUGUGUUUGAGGUAGAGAAACAAGAAUUUGGACUCAAGCCAAUGAACUGCCCCGGACAUUGUCUUAUAUUUGAUCAUAGAGUCCGCUCAUAUAGAGAACUUCCACUCCGCCUGGCUGAUUUUGGGGUCUUGCACCGGAAUGAAGCAAGUGGUGCACUUACUGGUUUGACUCGUGUCAGGAGAUUUCAGCAGGAUGAUGCACAUAUAUUCUGCAGGGAAUCCCAGGUUAAAGAUGAAGUGAAGUCUGUGUUGGAAUUCAUCAGUUAUGUGUACAAAGUGUUUGGCUUCACUUUUGACCUAAAGUUAUCUACGAGACCAGAGAAAUAUCUUGGGGACAUAGAAGUAUGGGAUAAAGCUGAAGCUGCUCUUGCAGAAGCACUAAAUGAGUUUGGCAAACCUUGGGAGAUAAACGAAGGUGAUGGGGCAUUCUACGGGCCAAAGAUUGACAUCAGUGUUUCUGAUGCAAUGAGAAGAAAAUUUCAAUGUGCUACUUUGCAGCUGGACUUUCAACUCCCUGCUCGUUUCAACUUAUCCUACUCAGCAGAAGAUGAAACCAAGAGGGAGAGGCCUGUUAUGAUACACAGAGCUAUCCUUGGUUCAGUUGAACGAAUGUUUGCAAUACUUUUGGAACAUUACAAGGGCAAGUGGCCGUUUUGGCUUAGUCCACGCCAAGCAAUUGUUUGCCCGGUUUCUGACAAGUCCCAGGCAUAUGCGCUUGAGGUUCGGGAUCGCAUACACGAAGCUGGGUUCUUUGUUGAUGUUGACACAACUGAUAGAACAAUUAACAAAAAGGUACGAGAAGCUCAAAUGGCCCAGUACAACUACAUAUUGGUGGUUGGGGAGAAAGAAGUUGGAACCGGACAGGUGGCCGUGAGGGUUAGAGAUGGGAAUGAUGCCACAGCCUUGAGCUUGGAGGAUCUGUUGAAUCUAUUCAAGGGUGAUGUUGCAGCUUUUAGGUAG